UGGUAAACAAGUUUUACCUUGUUUGCGACGACUUGCAUAAUUUAAUAAUUUUAACAUUUAUGUAAUUUAUGUUUGUAAUAACGACACGCGUAUUUAACAUAUAGUCACCGCAGUAUAGAUUUAGAAAUAACUUAGGUACUGUAUGCCAUACACGUUGGAUAUGGAACUUAAUGAAAUAAAAAGUGAAAAUGCGCCGAGUGAAGAGGUUAAACAUCAUCAAAAUAACACAGUUUCUGGAAUUCAUUUUACAAACAAAAAUAAUGAAAAGGGAUCUGAUUUUAAAUUGAAGUUUUCAGAAAGUAAGAGCAAAUUUUCGAAGACGGCACGAGCGAAAAUCAAAUAUCUUAAAGCGAACUCGGACAAAUUCAUUUUGCUCGGAAAGGUAGUGUUGCUCCUUGCAUAUUUUGUAUAUUUUGGAUUCGCGUUGUCUUAUCAUAUUGGUGAUGAAGGGUCAUGGAGAUUGAUUGGAUGUACAAUUUGCGGGAUUCUCAUCAUUGCUUGGCAUGUGCUUAAGAGGAUUGGUUUUCAUUCAAAACUAACGGCCGGUUUCCAAGCGCUCUGCACUGAAUAUUCAAAGGGUAAUCGGAGCUUGAUUUUAAGAUGGCUCUUGUACAUUGCCAUGUCUGCUUUCUUUGUCAUAUACUUGGUAAUAGCUGUUGCCAUGAAGACACCAGAAAACCUUUGGUCACUUAUCGGAUUACUAGGAUUCCCGCUGUUAUUGUUCCUGUAUUCCAACAAUAAAUGUAAAGUCAAUUGGCACACCGUCUACUGGGCCAUGGCUAUUCAAUUCAUCAUGGCUUUGUUGAUUUUGAAGACAAGUUGGGGAGCUAACGUAAUGCGCUGGGUUAGUAGACGACUCGAGGAGCUACUGGCUCACGGUGAAGCUGGAAGUAUUUUUCUGUUUGGAAAAACUUAUAAAGAUCACUAUUUGGCAUUUGGUGCUACAGCCCAAAUUUUUGUCAUCAUCAUCGCAAUAUCCGUGCUGACAUACCUCGGUGUAAUCAAGGCGAUUGUUGACACUGUUGGACAUGCCCUGGCAUACUGUCUUGGAACAAGUCCUGCCGAGGGGAUUAAUGCCGUUGGAAAUAUUUUCCUGCAUGUGCCUGAAUCUGCAAUGCUAGUACAAGAGUAUCUGCAUGAAAUGACGCCAUCUCAAUUGUUUGCGACAUAUGCUGGAGCCUUGUCAACUGUUGGCGGCACGGGUUUGGUUAUAUUCAUGGCAUCAGGGAUUCCAGCAGCUCCUUUGAUUGCCGCCUCAACAAUGUCGGCACCGGCGGCUUUGGCUGCGUGUAAGCUAUGCUUUCCUUCUCACAACGGGGAAGAAGUGGCAAUACAGGCUGCUGGUGAUGUUAAAAUAAACACUAGUGCUUUCUCCACCAGACGAGCGACAUCAUUGAUGGAGUCCAUCAUCAUUGGAAUACGUCAGAGCACUACGAUCGUUGUUCAGUUGGCUGCAUUCGUUCUGGCUUUUGUCAUAAUCGUGGCCUUUCUUAACAGCACGUCUGUUUGGUUUGGUGAAAGAAUAGGCGUAGAAAACAUGACGCUUGAGUUUUUGUUUUCGUAUGUGUUUUAUCCGUUUGCGUUUAUGAUGGGAGCAAAGUCAGAUGAUUGUUUAUUUAUCGGGGAACUAUUGGGUGUGAGGACAAUUAGUCUUGCUAUUGUGGCAUAUCCUAAAUUAGGCCCAAUUAUUCAGAAUGGUAUAAAAUAUCGGGAAUAUAUUGCCGGCGGUGUAAACAACACUUGGACAGUUGUUGGAAAUGAUAUUGUACUGAACAAACUGAACCAGACGUUAGUCGGUGGCGUUAUUGAUCACAGAUCAGAAAUUAUUGCUACAUACGCGUUGUGUGGCUCAGCCUCGUUUGCAAACAUGGGUUUGAUUCUAGGGACAUAUGGUGUUAUGUUACCAGACAGGAUAGGAGAGAUAACUCGGUAUAUAUUUCGGGCAAUGAUCGUGGGGACAGUAGCGAGUUACCUCACAGCUUGUUUUGCAGGACUGCUACACGAGGAAGACGUAUCUACGUAUUAACAUAGAAAAAGGACAUGCAUAACUUACAUGCUUUACAGUAAUGUGCAGUAUAGCUUGCUAUUGAAUUCCUAUAUUUACUUCUGGAUAUUGUAAAAAGCAUAUUCUUUCUUUAACGGGACAGAACUAUUAUAAUUCUAAAAUUUUAGUUUAUAUUUCUUUAUUAGACCUACUUUUUUGCACCCUUUGAUUUGUAUUUAUAUUUUGUUUAUAUAAUUAUUUUUAAAAUAAAACUCAAGAAAUUGAUAGUAAAUUAAAAACAAAAUUUGUCAA